AAUUCAUCGUGACGUCACAUGCGCGUAUUUUGUUUUCGCUUUGGUUAGUAUAUCCGCCGCUGCUGAUGAAAAUGGACGUUUGAAGCGAAUCCGCGCGUAUUGAUGUGAAUAAUUAUUAAUAAAUCCACUCGCAAAACUCAAAAUAAUUAAACAAAUAAUAUAACAAUCAAGUUCUUAAAGUGUCGGAUGUAUUCUAUAGUUAACGCUUGUGUGGUUUUUGCAAUAUAAAUGCAUUUGGGCUUGUCGUGUGGCGCGUUUUGUCUCUACGAACGUGAAUCACAAAGAAAAAGCGCGCUAAAUGAGCGUGUAAGCCCUAAGAAUACACAAAAAUACACAAAAAUGUAAAUAAAUAAACCAGUGCUGUCUAAUAUUUGUUAACAAUUGAAGAGUCAAGUUGGACGGGCACAAAGUAAAAAACUAACUACAUUUGGAACCUCGACAAUUCCACCUUAAUGUGAUGGUUUGGCAAAAAUGACCAAAAGAAGGCGCGAUUGUUGUUAUCGUUGUUUGCGGCAAUUGUUAUCGGACAAUGACUGGCGCCUGUAUGUGUAACGUGAAUGUUAAUCGGUUCGAUAUCAAUGCUGCGUUUUACGGUGGCGUGUGAAGGAAAACUUAAGUGGAUUGAUGGAUUUCAAAGGUUCUUGUAAACUUUGUAGAGGCCCUAUGGAACAUGCCCGUUGAUAUGCAUAAGAACGUCUCCGUACAAGUAGAUAGUGAUUUUGCUUUAUUACUGCCAAGCGGUGUUUAUGAAAUCAAGAAAAUGGAACCACGAUCCAAAAUACGAACAAUUAUUGUAUUUUGUCUCUUUCUGGCCAUUGCAGGCAUCAUUGGAUUCGGCUACUUUUGUCAAGAUCAGGUAUGUGCUCUCUCCAAGCGCGCCGUAAUACUCCAAUCCUCGGACAUGUUGGCCUACAAUGAACUCCAGCCUGUGGCUUUACAUCAGGCUGGCAGUAACAACAACAACAACAACAACUACAACAACAACAACUACAACAACAAUGUGGGUGGCAGCACGGCAAUUGCAUCAAAAGCAUCAGCACCACAGAACAUAAUAGCCAAUGCCGGACUGAGCUAUGAGGAUGUGUUGAAUGAUGAUUUUCAGUUCGACAUGGAUGGACAUGAUGUGAUGGUAUUUCUGCACAUACAAAAGACGGGCGGUACCUCCUUUGGACGGCACCUGGUGCGCGAUUUAGACCUCAAGCGUCCAUGCGAGUGUCAGCGUCAACGGAAACGUUGCUACUGCUUCCGUCCACACCGCAAUGAGAACUGGCUCUUCUCCAGAUACUCAACAGGCUGGAAGUGUGGCCUGCACGCCGACUGGACUGAGCUGACCAGCUGUGUGGACGUCGAGCUGGACAAGAACGAGGGUGAGACGGCGAAGCGUCGUUACUUUUACAUUUCGCUGCUACGCGAGCCGAUCUCACGCUACAUGUCCGAGUAUCGGCACGUGCGACGCGGCGCCACCUGGAAGGGAUCCAGGCAUUGGUGCUUGGGUCGCCAGGCCAGUGCUAGUGAGCUGCCACCUUGCUAUAAGGGCAAGGAUUGGCUGGACGUGGAUCUCGAUCAGUUUGCUGGCUGCGAGUCAAAUCUGGCCGCCAAUAGGCAAACACGCAUGUUGGCCGAUCUCGCCCUGGUCGGCUGUUAUAACAAGUCAUCGAUGCCGGCUCAUGAACGUGAUCGCGUCAUGCUGGCCAGCGCCAAGCGCAAUCUGGCCGCCAUGGCCUACUUUGGACUGACGGAAUAUCAAAAGAUGUCCCAAUACAUAUUUGAAGAGACCUUCAACCUGCGCUUUGCCAUACCCUUCGAGCAGCACAAUGCAACCAUUUCAGCAGCUGCUGUCCAGAAUCUGCGUCCCGAUCAACGACGUCGCAUCGAGAAACUCAAUAGCCUGGACAUUGAGCUCUAUGCAUUUGCCAAGAAUUUGUUGUUUCAACGGUUUGAGCAUCUGAAAGCAAAAGAUGCCAAGUUUGAGCAAAGAUUUGCGAAUCUGGGCAACAUCUACUUUAAACAGGGUGUUACGGAAUUCAAUUGGGAUAGCAACAUUGAGGAUGCGCUGAGCACGGAUCAUUGAAUGGAUGAAUGAUUGAAACCAAAAAUUAAUGUUAAACACUUAGUUAUAAGAAAGAAACCCCCUCAUACAACGUAGUAAUAACAACAGGAAAUUAAAGCAGCGAAAAGUAAAAAAAAAAAUACGCUUUAAUGUUGAUGCAGUAUAAAAAAAAAUACAAAACAAAGGACUUUAAAUUAGUGUCUAAGCAUAAUGUUACUGAAAGCAACAAAUUCGAAUUAUAACUCAAUCAAAACUCAAUUGCAAUAACAAAGCUAAACGAAAUAAUAUUGCAUAAAUAUUGAUGUUAAUCAUUAUUUGGCAUUGCAGCUGCUCUCAGAAAAGGCAACAAUCUCUAUGCGCAUAUAACGUUUAAUGAAUGAUUAAGCUGUUAGGUAACUACUUAUAAAUUAAUUAACUAACUACACUUCUCGAUAAUAAGUCACACUCCAGACAUUACUCGUAUUGUACAUAGACUUCAGAAUAUAUCCCAUAAUUAUAAAAGGAUUAACUAAGGUAAUUGUAAUUCACCCAGCGCAUAAACUACACGCCAUAAAUUAGUUAUACUCAUCAAUUAAAAUUUGAUUUUAGACUAUUAUUAAUUAUUUUAUAUUUGUUAUGUAAAUGUUAUGUCUUUGCGAAGCCAAAUCUACAUUUAGUGCAUAGCUCUGAAAAAAUGUUUUCGAUCCAAAAAUGCAUUUAUUUUAUUUAACGCUGUAGCAUGUAACCAUGUAAAUAUCAUGAAGAAUCACACAAUCCACCAUAAAUUUAGAGAAGAAAAAACUAAGUACCAAUUAAUAAACAUUAAAUUUAUACUACAUUUUUACAUAAAUAUUAGUUGCAAAAGAUCUAAAAGCGAAUAAGUGUAAAGCGUUAAUAUUGUUAGCUGGCAUAGUUGUUUAAGACAAUAACUAAUUGGAAAAAUUAACAACAAAAAACACAUCACAUAACAUAAAUACUGAAAAUUUAUUGAAUUCAAUUCGAUUGAUAAAUGCAACGAAUUAAAAAAAAAUUAAAUUGUCUACAAUAAAGUUAAAACCAGAAUUAAAUGCAAACUUCUUUGAAAGUAUUGAAGUUCUAAUACCCUUGCGGAUGGCAGCUAUAUAGUAUCGAUCUAAGAGAUUCAUAUGCAUACGCUGCAGGGAUCCAAAAUAUUGUAUGAGUACUCGAAUUUCUGAUUUAAAUAUAGAAAUCAGCUCAGAGAUAAAUUGCAUAUAGUAAGAAGGCAUCUGAAAUGUGCCAUUUUAUAGCAACACACAACACAAAAGCUAACUAAAUAAAUAAAUAAACAACAUGACUUUGCGAUAAACAUAA